UUCAAUUUUGACAGUUGUAAUGUAACAGUGCUCAUCCUAUUUUUUAUAUCUCCUUGCAUUUUGAUACAAAAUAUUAGUAAUUCGCGAAGUGGUAUUACGUGAACAAGAUGAAAAUACGAUCCCACGCACUUCGGGAACGGUGGAAUGCGGUUCGCUAGCGUCGAGUGAUAUGUCUACGAGGAGCGGUGCGAGCGCGAUCCGAGCGCGCCGCGGCCACAAGGAGCGCUCCAAGAACUUCACCGAACUGGAGAAGCGCACCGUGCUAGAGCUGAUCGCGCGCCACCGCGACGUGUUGCGCCAGGGCCGCUCCAACAACGCCACAAACCGCAGCAAACAGCUGGUGUGGUCGACGAUCUGCGAGGAGGUGAACAAGCGUUGCGGCGGCGAGCGGCCGCGCACUCCCGCGCAGGUCAAGAUGUGGUACGAGAAUUACAAGAAGAAAUGCAAAAUGCGCGCACACGACACACAGGUAAUACAGCAGCCCACUCCCGACGCGCCGUCCGGCAUCCUUGACGGAAUGUUGUGGCAGAGCAUACACCCUCUAGAUGUCAAAGAUGAAGAGGGUGAGGCCACCACCAGCGUGGAAGGUUCACACAGCAUCAAGGAUGACGACUGCAUACCAGUUAAUAUGUCAAACGGACGACUUUCGAGCACGAACGAUAGCGACGACACGAUGCCUAAUGUCCUCGAGCCGCAGGUUCAAAUCAUCCCCCAGUCCUCGCCCACACCACCUCCGCACAAAACAGGCCCAAACGCGGCCAUCAACCCCCUAACUCUCGCGCCCCAUAUACUAGCCAACCCCUUACAAGCCCUGGAACAAGCCAGGAUACAGCAAAAUUUCCUGCAGAAACUGAACGAAAUGUCAAAUACUCCAUUAAAUUUAAGUCACCUCGACGACGAGAAGAGAAGAAAUGGCCACGACAGGAGUCAAGAGAAGACUGAUGAGCAAAUAAAGCACGACUGCGGCACCGCAACGGAAGAGGAGAGACUAUACUUCUCUGCCAAGAGACAGCACGCGACAUGGGAACACGAGGCCAAAAUGAAAAUAUUAAACAUGGAGCUCAGACAAAAGGAAGAGAUAUUCUCAUUGCAGAAACAACUCUUCCUUAUCGAGCUGAGAUUGAAAAUGGACUUUCUGGAAAAAGCGAGCGGGAAAUAGCAACGCUUAAAACAGCUGGGGGACUCGGCAUUCUUUACCCUUUUUUAGGGUCGAAGUGAUACUUUUUUUAAGUGACAAAAGUCAUAUCUGUCACUGCCACUUUUUACAGCCGUUGAUAUAUAAAAUAUUCAUCCAAGGUUGUAUGUGGAAGCUCAUUUUGAAAUAAGAUUAUAAGUGGAAGCUUUCAAAAUACAUGGAAUCGCCCGAGGCGACAGUGUUGCCACUAAGAAAAAAACUGUUAUUUUUAUAAUUGUACUUAACAAGUACAAACUGUGUAAGCUGACUUGAAAAGACGUUUUUUAACCAGAGAUUAAAAAUAUUUUUUUUGGUACAAUUAACAUGAUAGUUUGAAUAGUGGCAACACUCAAUGUAUUGAUAUUUUCACAAUGUGCCAUCAUUUGUAGUUACGGAUUUACACGCCUUUUGUUUUCAUGCUUUUUAACAUUAAUAUAAUUUUGUUUGAGAAACUCUUUCACAUUAUAAAUGCAUAGGACGGACUGAUUAAUUUUCUAUCUGUGUAAGAAAAUUAAUAAAUAUAUUUUGGAGAAACAAAAUGUGUAGGACUUCUCUUUAUAUGAAAUGUAAUUUGUUUUUUUUUUCUUUUAAUAUUUGCUUUCAUAGAGUAAUUUGUUAUUUUUUCUUUGGGAAGUCAGGAAAUGUCGAUGGUAUAUUUUUGGUACAAUUUACUUGUAUAUUUCAGAUUAUUUAAUACUAUUUAUGAACCAUACUAAAACUUUAAAAAGUAUUUAGGGAUGGUCCUUUUGAUACAAGAAAGUAUUCUUUAUUUAUUAUAAAAAAAAAAGUAUUUAUAUACAUUUUUGUGUUUUUUUCGCACAAAUUGUACCAAAUAUGGGUUUGAAAUGUGAUUGAUAAGAAAAGAUAUGAUAUUUUUGUAAUUUUUAUUUUGCAUAGCUUAUUUUUUAACUUUUUUUUUUAAAAUAGUUUUAGUGCAUAAAAUGUGCUUAAGUUUUAUUUUCUAGUAUUAUUCUUUAUCAUAUAAACCGGCAGCUGUGCAUAAUAAUAUGUAAUUUUCAACAACAACUGCCAAAUAUUUUGAAUUUCGAUUAAUUGUUAUAUUUUAGAAAGUUUUUAUAGUACUUAUGUACUUAGAAUUUGAGUCCUUUACAUAAGGGAUCUCGGUUUUUUUUCACUUUAGAUAAGUAGCAAUGUACUGCGCGAUACAAUAUUGUCUAGUUUUUUGAACAAAGCCAUAAGUUUAACUUAGUGUUAGGUUAAACAUUGUUGUGUGUUGUAUAUUGUAAGGGCAUUUUAGCAGCAAAUAAGCAAUGCAAAUAACGCGUAAGAAAUAAAAAUGAGGCAGCUUUUGAAAGGUUGAACUAUGGACUAUUGUUUAUAUUAUUUGAAGGGAAA